AUGAAGUCGAACAACGAAAACAAUUAUGUACGAGUAUCAUACAAUAACUUUGUAACAACACGUAAUCGAUAAUUUGGUAAUGAAAUUACAAACAUACAACGAUUACCAACUCGAUCUACAUCAUAAUUCAUCUGUUCCAAACCUAUGUUGAAGAUCGAAGAAGAAACACCUCUUCCUGUUCCUGAAUUCGUAAAUCCAUAUGUUGCUGAUAUUUUUGAAUAUCUACGUGUCAAUCAACAUAAAUUUAUGUGUUAGACUCCAUUUUAUAUGAACUUACAAUUAGACAUUACUAAUUAGAUGCGUUCAAUUCUAAUAGAUUGGUUAGUUGAUGUGCAUCUUAAAUUUAAAUUAUAAUCAGAAACACUCUAUAUGACUAUUAAUUUAAUUGAUAGAUACCUUGCAAAAAAUACUAUUAUGCGUAAUAAACUGUAAUUAGUUGGAAUUGCUUCACUCUUCAUAGCAUCAAAAUAUGAAGAAAUAUAUGCUCCUGAACUUAAAGAUUUUGUAUGUGUUUGUGACAAUGCAUACACAAAAGAAGAAAUACUUGGUAUUUAUCACCCUUUAUUAUACCAGAAAUGGAAAGUAAAAUUUUACUAACAAUCUAAUUUCAAUUGACAUUUACUUCUCCACUCAAAUUCCUUNUUCAAUUAAUGUUAAUUGCAUCUAUGUUAAUCUCAAUAACUUGA